ACGAUAAUUUAUUUAUCAUCUCUCUGCUUCAGUGUAUUGCACAGAGAAAAGGAACGGAAGAAAAAGAAAACCCAAACAAAAUAAUUCAACCAAACACCAGAGUCAUGGUCUCAACCAGACGAAGUGGAUCUCUCUCUGGUAACAGUGGCAAGAAACCCUCCUCUUCCGACGAUAAGCCUCCGUCUCCGAAGCGGCAGAAGGUAGAAAAUGCGGAGAAAACGAUGCCGGUGGCUGAGAAUUCCAAGGAGAUGGCCACGCCGCCGGCGGUGGAUCCCGGAGAUUGCGGGGCCAGUGAGGUUCCGAUCGCUGGGGACAGCGUGAGUGCUGCAAAGGGUGAGACUUCAUCGGCUGUGGCUGUGGUGGCACCCAUCACGGAAGGUUCUACACCAAUUCAAGUAGAUAAGAGCAGGAGUUCAUUUUCUUCAUUGGCCAAUCAUCAGAAACAGAACUCAAAUUUUGAAACUUCUGUGCCUUGGUGUAGGCUUUUGUCUCAGUCGGCACAGAACCCAAAUGUACCCAUUUUCAUAUCAAAUUUUACAAUUGGUUCAAGUAGAAAUUGCAAUUUUCAAUUAGGGGAUCAGACAAGCAGUACUAUUCUUUGCAAGAUCAAGCAGACGCAGCAUGAAGGCAGUGCAGUAGCAAUGUUAGAAAGCAUGGGAAGCAAGGGAUCAGUGCAAGUAAAUGGGACAGUUGUCAAGAAAAAUUCCAGUUGCGUGCUUAAAUCUGGUGAUGAAGUUGUCUUUGGUCCGCUCAGGAACCAUGCUUAUAUAUUUCAGCAACUCAUGACUGAGGUUACAGUUUGUGGCACAGAGGUCCAUAGUUGCUCCGGGAAGUUUCGGCAACUUGAGAGGAAAGCAGGGGAUCCAUCAGCUGUAGCUGGAGCUGCAGUGUUAGCAUCUCUUUCAAGCUCAAGGCCUGAUUUAUCUCGUUGGAAAUCUCCUGCUCAGGCCACUAGUAAGAUCCACCAAGUGACUGAUUUCCCCGCUCAUUCAGUAGUUCAUGAUGGUAUAGAUGUUGAGCUGGAUAGCUUGGAAGGCAAUUCCUCUGCAAACAUGAAGAGUGAUAAAGCUGCAGAUGUUGGGGCAAUGGACAAGAUUCUCCCUCCUGACUGCAAUCGGGACUCCAGCAUAGAGUCAGGCAAUGUAUUGGAUGAAAGAAAUGAGUGGACAAGGGAUUCACAGCCUGCAUCAACAUCGAGUAUGUCACUCCAGUGUGCUGUGUUUAGAGAAGACAUUAAAGCUGGGAUUCUUGAUGGAAGGAACUUAGAAGUUUCAUUUGAUAGCUUCCCCUAUUAUUUAAGUGAAAAUACAAAAAAUGUGCUGAUCGCAGCAUCCUAUAUACACCUCAAGCACAAAGAACAUGCGAAGUAUACCUUGGAUCUAGCUACUGUGCAUCCACGAAUUUUGCUUUCUGGUCCUGCAGGAUCUGAGAUUUAUCAGGAGAUGUUGGCCAAAGCACUUGCUCAUUAUUUUGGGGCUAAAUUGCUCAUAUUUGAUAGCCAUUUGUUUUUGGGUGGCUUGUCUUCAAAGGAAGCAGAGUUGCCAAAGGAUGGACUUAAUGCUGAAAAAUCCUGCUCCUGCUCAAAACGAACUUCCACACCCACUGAUCUGGGCAAGAGCUUGAAUCCAUCAGCUGCUGAAGCAGACAUAUCUAGCACUUCGACUGCCCCUUCUUCAUGUGGCCCAGAAUCUCAGCCAAAGACUGAGGCUGAUACCAAACCCUCAUCCUCUGGUACAUAUAAGAAUCAAAUGUUUAAGAAAGGUGACAGAGUAAAAUUUCUCCCUUCUGGUGGGCUAUAUCCAACUGCUUCCCCAUCUAGAGGCCCACCCUAUGGGAUUCGUGGAAUGGUUGUAUUACUUUUUGAGGAGAAUCCUAUGUCAAAAAUUGGUGUGAGGUUUGAUAAACCCAUACCUGAUGGAGUUGACCUUGGAGAUAUUUGCGAGGCAGGUCAUGGAUUUUUCUGCAAGGUUUCUGAUCUUCAUUUGGAGAACACUGCUGCCGAAGAUUUGGACAAGUUACUUAUUAACACAUUAUUUGAGGUUAUAAACAGUGAGAGCAGAACUGCUCCUUUUAUUCUGUUCUUGAAAGAUGUUGAAAAGUCUAUUGUUGGAAAUACGGACUGGUAUCUAACAUUUAAGAGCAAACUUGAAAAGCUUCCUGAUAACAUUAUUGCAAUUGGUUCACACACUCAUACAGAUAAUCGCAAGGAAAAGUCACAUCCUGGUGGUUUGCUUUUCACAAAAUUUGGCAGCAGUCAAACUGCUCUUCUUGACUUUGCAUUUCCGGAUAGUUUUGGAAGGUUGCAUGAAAGGGGUAAGGAAGUUCCAAAGGCAACAAGAAUCAUGACUAAGCUUUUUCCAAACAAAGUAACAAUUCACAUGCCGCAGGAUGAAGCCCUCCUUGCAUCUUGGAAGCAUCAGUUGGAUCGAGAUGCCGAAACCCUGAAAAUGAAGGCCAAUCUAAAUCACCUACGCACUGUUCUAGGUCGGAGUGGAAUGGAAUGUGAAGGACUUGACUCUUUGUGCAUCAAGGAUCAAACCCUUGCAAAUGAAACUGCUGAGAAGAUCAUUGGAUGGGCUCUAAGCCACCAUUUAAUGCAGAAUCCUGAAGCUGAUUCCAAUGCUAGGCCUGUUUUGUCUAGUGAUAGCAUCAACUAUGGGAUUGGAAUGUUACAGGCUGUCCAGAAUGAAUCUAAGAACUCAAAGAAGUCACUUAAGGAUGUUGUAACUGAAAAUGAAUUUGAGAAGAGGCUUUUAGCUGAUGUCAUCCCUCCCAGUGACAUUGGAGUUACAUUUGAUGAUAUUGGGGCUCUUGAAAAUGUCAAAGAUACAUUGAAAGAAUUAGUGAUGCUUCCUCUACAGAGGCCUGAGCUCUUUUGCAAAGGGCAAUUGACGAAGCCUUGCAAGGGCAUACUUUUAUUUGGACCUCCUGGAACUGGGAAAACAAUGCUUGCAAAGGCUGUUGCAACUGAAGCUGGUGCAAACUUCAUCAAUAUUUCUAUGUCAAGUAUAACAUCAAAGUGGUUUGGCGAGGGUGAGAAGUAUGUGAAGGCUGUUUUCUCACUUGCAAGUAAAAUUGCCCCUAGUGUUGUAUUUGUUGAUGAGGUUGAUAGCAUGCUGGGCCGAAGAGAAAAUCCAGGGGAGCAUGAGGCCAUGCGUAAGAUGAAAAAUGAGUUUAUGGUCAACUGGGAUGGCUUACGUACAAAGGACACAGAGCGGGUUCUUGUACUUGCAGCCACAAACAGGCCUUUUGACCUCGAUGAGGCUGUCAUUAGAAGGCUCCCACGUAGAUUGAUGGUAAAUUUGCCAGAUGCUCCAAAUAGAGCAAAGAUACUAAAAGUUAUACUUGCAAAAGAAGAUUUAUCUCCUGAUGUUGAUUUUGAUGCUGUUGCAAGCAUGACUGAUGGAUACUCUGGCAGCGACCUUAAGAAUCUAUGUGUCACUGCUGCGCACCGUCCAAUUAAAGAGAUAUUGGAAAAAGAAAAAAAGGAGCGUGCUGCUGCUCUAGCAGAAGGCAAACCUCCUCCAGCUUUGAGUGGGAGUGCUGACAUUCGGCCUCUGAACAUGGAUGACUUUAAAUAUGCUCAUGAACGGGUAUGUGCAAGUGUUUCAUCCGAGUCUGUAAACAUGACAGAGCUACUACAAUGGAAUGAACUGUAUGGCGAGGGUGGUUCGAGAAGAAAGAAGGCUCUCAGCUACUUCAUGUGAAAGGUGAUCUGUACAAAUGGUUCUUUUCUAUCAAUUCUCCGUUCUCCUAAAAAGCAUGCAUGCAAGUAAUUUUGCUGCUUGAUGGCCAGAUACUGUACAAGUCAAGUGAAAUUUUAAUUUUUGUUUUUCUUUCUUCAAGUAAAAAGCUAGUACGGGAUGGUUGGUCCUAAAAUGAGUGAAGCCUCUUCAGAAAUUCUGGUUUGGUUGCACCGCUUUUGUUUUGUUCCCCAUCCCUCCCUUGAUACCGGCAUAAGGAGCAUGCUCGUUGUAUGCAAAGUUGCUUAACAUACCAUAACAGAGAGGAAUCCCUGUGAAUAUAUAUAUUUAUAGUGAUUCAUUUUGGUGUCUGUUGGAAUUCAACAAUAAGUAAUGUGAGCUGCAAACUCGAUUUUCUUUUCGUUGAUCGUGUCUGACUUUGUAGACAAACAUGAUUGAAAAUGCUGUAGUUUAUUUCCCUUCA